UUUCAAAAUGGAUUCUGAAAGUUUUUUGAAAGUUUUUAAAAUUGAUAAUAAAUUGUGUUUUCUUCAUGUACGGUGCGCUAUGGAGCUAUACUAAGACACCGAAACAUUAGAUCUACUAACAUUUUACAAUAUGACGUUAAAGGAGUGUUUACUGUGUCGAGUAUUAAGUGAAGAGGAAGACUUGAACAUAGUUUCUGCCAAAGAUGUUCAGAGAAUGCAAAAAAUCACUGGCAGAGAUAUACAAAUGACAGGUGAUGAUGAUGAAUUAGUCGUCUGUGUUUCUUGCCGUAUUCACAUAGAUAGUAUGAAAUUUAGCAAUGAAUCAAGAAGUACUAUUACCAUAGACUCUGGUGCCAACGCAUCGAGUGAAUUUACAAGGCUAAAACCGCACAAUCUUCCUGAUCCUCGCAGUGUCGUUCCAACUGAAUCUUCCCUAUAUGAGCAGACACUGCAAAAAAUUAUUGAUGAAGUUCGAGCUGUACUAGGUGAAACUGUACCAAAUAGCGAAUGUGGACUAUGGAUAAGCGAUAAAAAGCAUUCACUGGUGAAACAAUUGAGUGAUCAAAAUGCAAGUCAAUCUGAUUUAAGUAGAGUUGCAGGUAUUUUAGCUCAAGAAUGGAAAAAUACUCAUUCUCAAAUGCUAUGUAUUCUAAAAAUGCCCUGCACAUCUUCAAUUGAUAAUAAGAGUGAUCCUAAUUUAUCAUUGCUCAAAUUUACACAAAUAGGGAAGUCUGGACAAGUAACUGAAAAUCAAAUACAACCGAAUACUGUUGAAUGCUAUACUCAGGAGCUAACAAAAGUCAAAGACCCCAAGUUGCGACAAGGAAAGAUCACAAAUCAACCAGAUAGACGUGAAGAUAACCAUAUUAAAAGACCACUGAAUGCAUUUAUGUUGUGGUCAAAAGAAUUCCGUACUGUGUUUAAAGAGAAAAAUCCUAAUCUUAAUAAUACACAGAUCAGCCAACUGCUUGGGGAAGGUUGGCGAAAAAUGUCUAAUGAAGAGAAAGAUGUUUAUUAUCUUAGAUCAUCAAGUUUAAUGAGGCAACAUUCCUUAGCGCAUCCAGGUUAUAAGUAUCAACCUCGUAUCAAGAAACCGAGAGUUUAUAACCUAGGCCCAGAUGACAUACUCCAAAGUUCUUCCAGACAAAAAAAUUUCAGUCCUUAUGUGUCAAAGUAUCAGACAUAUCCGCUGUCUGAUGGCAACUUACGAAACCAUACUAAAACAUCAACAACGGUUGCUGAUGCUCCCCUUGAUGCAAACCUACAAGUCUUCUCGGUAGAAACCAUAAAUCAGGAAGAUUUUGACAAAAUGGACUCUGAAUCUUCAAGACAAUGCAGCAAUGAUGAAAGUGAUGACAGUGACAUCUAUAUUGAAGAAAUCAUUGAUUCUGACGAUUCUGAUGAUAUUAUUGACAUAACUAAAGACGAAGAAUCAAAUACUUCAGCUUAUGAAAUCUCAAUCCAGAAAAAACAUGAAACACAUUCUAAAUCUAGCACUCCUCAAACUAUAAUAAUUGGAGAUAGAUAUGUUAGAGCCAGUCAAACUCCUUUACAUUACAUUCCUAUCCAAAUCACUCCAGAUACCCAGUCCUCUAUAAUCGAUACCAAUUCAAAUGCACAUACAUCAUCUUCACAUAGUGGUGAUGUCAACCACAAUCUUGUUAGACACAGAGGUGGAAAUAAAAAUGAAAAAGGUGAGCAUAUUAAGAGGCCUCUGAAUGCAUUCAUGGUGUUUAAUAAAGAACUACGUAACAGUGAGUUCAAGGGGACCAGUCUUCACACCAGAGAGGUUAGCGCCAUCCUCUCAAAACGCUGGAAAGAUAUGAGUGAUGAAUUGAAGAGCUCCUAUUAUGAUAAAGCAGCUGAGCUUGGUAAAGAACAUAUGCGGAAAUACCCGAAUUACACUUAUAUGCCACGUAUGGCACGUCCCAAAGGUACUCAUAAAUUGAGAAAAUUCCCUCAGUUUAGGGAUUUAUAUAAACUGUAAAAAUAUGCAAAAAUGAACUUAAGUACAUGUACAUUUAAACUUAUAAGACUAAAACUUGUUAAAGUGAACAUUCCAGGCUAGAGUUACCAACCCUUCCAUCAGUCUGGGCUUCCAGCAAUCAAUAUGAACAUGACUCAAAGGUAUAAGCCAGACAUGAGGCAGACUCGCCUCGCCUAUUUAAAUUUGCCUCACAUAUUGUGUUGCUGUAUUAUCCCAAAGUUGAGGCCAGAUUUGUAAACAUUCAGUUCUAUUACGUAUUAGCCAUGUUAGCAGAUUAGUGAUAUUGCAAAGAAUGAAAAUUAAAAUGACGCUUUUGUAGUAUGAGAAAUAUAUUACAGAUAUCACCUUUUCCAGCUCACAUGGAUUUGAAAAUAAUGUGACAUUUUUAUUCUAAGAACUCGCAUGCAAUGAAAUGACGCAUGAAAUAAUUAUAAAGAAAUGCUGUACAUUAUAAUGGAAUUCAUAGAACAGAAGCCUAGUAUGAUUUUUUGUGAUAUCAUUUUAUUUACUCAACUAUUGAUCAUGGUUACGCACACCAAAUAUAGCUGAGUGCUGGAAGUCUUGAGAGCUGGUGUAUCAUAUUAGGCAAGGGGGAUCCUGAUAUCACAAACAUAUAAGAUAAUCAGUUUUCUUAUAUUAUUCAUUAUGUGGAUGGGAAUUUAUACUCUGGAAAAUGUCUUCAUUAAUGUUUGUGUAUACUGUAGAUUGGGUUAAUUUGGCGCUACUUAAUUUGGCGAUUUUGCCAUUUUUGGCAUAUUGGCGGCUAUUUAAUUUAGCGGAUAUGCAAGAAAAUUAACUUACGCACUGUUUGCGAAUUACCAUGUAAAUGGAUAAGUUUGGCUAUGUCCAUUUUUCUUUUGAGGACCACUGGCGAUCAUCCUUUACAUUUUGCACCUCGAUCGAUGCUGCUACUAUACCACGCUUUUCCUUUCUAGUUUUUCCCUGAAUAUUAAUGAGUGACUGACCAGUUCUGAGCCAAUUUAUGAGAGACAUUUUUCAUAUUUUUGAAAGAAACUAAACCGGAAGUGACCUAAAUACACUGGAGGAAAUACUGUACGCCCGGUAUUAUUCGCGAGCUUUAAUUUCGCGAAUUUUGCGAAAACACGGUUUCGCGGCUAUUAAAUUUCGCGAAUUUCACAAGUUUGAAAUUCAUUAUUCUUGGAAUUCUCAAGCUAAAUUACUAGUAGAUGUACAGUAAUUGCACUUACCUGAUGUCCCGCGUUUGGAAUUGGACUUCAUGUUAUCUUUUGCAAUUGCACUUCAUUUGCAAUGAUGUGAUCGAUAUCAUUAUUGGGCCUACUGGUGGUACUGGGCCGAAUCAGCCAACGUAAAAUGGACAUUACUGAAGUCCUGAAGAUCGUGGAUAUCCAAUUAUCGCCCAAUAACACUACACAAAACGAAAAUGCAUCAGAGCCCCGGGUAAUAACAAAUUCCCGGGGAUUUAAUUGGCAAUUUCGCGACGAUAAUUUUUCGCGAUUUUAACACCAUCGCGAAAAGCGCGAAAGUUAAUCGCACGCGAAUAAUACCGGGCGUACAGUACUCUAGAUAAUUCCCGGGGAUUUAUUUUAAAUUUUGGCGAAGAUUUAUAUUGGCGAAUUUUUCAAUUUCGCCAAAUUCGCCAAAUUAAAGCGGGCGCCAAAUUAACCCAAUCUACAGUAUUAUAAUAUGUUUUUCACAAAUCUUGAUUUUCAUUUUUUAGAAAUCUAAAAUUAUUUCAUACAACACCUUCUUUUUAAUUUUUGUCUCAGGCAAAUAAAUCGAGAUUAUCCUAUAUGCAAUAUGUGAUUCAUAUUACAGCAGUACAUGUAUUGGGAUUAGGCCAUGGCCAAUAGAAUGUACUGUACUUCUAGGCGACUUUGCUCUUUUGAACAUUUGGCGACUAGGCUACUUAAUUUGGUGGACUUGCAAUAUUACACUCUACUAAUGGUCCUAAUUUACAAGGAUGGCAGCCACUUAAUUUGGCGAACUUUAACAAUUUGGCAAAUCUGCCAAAUUAAAACAGCCGCCAAAUUAAAUAGAAGUACAGUAUUUGCUGGAGGAUCAAGGUCCUGAGGCAAAUAAAUUACAUUGACCAAGGGAUAAUAAUACCAAUAUUAUGAACCAACUAUUGUAUGUAGGACAUCUUUUUAUCGUAAAUUCUUAUAUGAUUUUUUUCAUACUUUUAGUUUACAUUUUUUCCAUUGUGAGUAUAUCACUAUAUCCUUUCUCUGUGAAUACAACAUGGUACCUGCUUGAUAUACCUCAAACAUGUCCAAGUAUAGAAUAAAUACAUUUUAUAUCAUUAUGUAUGAAUGUUGUCAACUAUUAGCAAUAAGUAUUACUAUAAGAUGUAAAUAAGGUAAAAUAAGGUAUUUUGGGGCAUUGCUUGAGAUUUAGAUAAAUUAAUAUUAUAUGUAAUAUGAAAAUAAAUACAUUAUCUGUUAGGUACUUAAAAUAAAAAGUGGUGUCUGUUAAAUUUUUUUCUCAUUUUUAAUUUGAAUCAAAUCAUAGAUCUUAAUAGACUAGAUGCGAGUAGAAAUAAACUUGAUUUAGGUCAUUAAAUAUUCAAAAUUCAGUCAAACUGAUGUCAUAUUUGGAAUCUACAUGAAGAAAUACAUCUAAAAAUAUGUUUCAAAAAUUGUUUAUCAACUUUGAAAAUUUAGUUGUUUUGAAAAUGUGACUUCUAGUUCGGGGAGAUUCCCCAUAGACCCCAUGUUAUAAAAUCACAAAAAGUGAAAUAUAUUUUUCUUGUAUUGACAGAUCAUAUUUUCCUUUACUGGACAUAUUUUAUUUAAUUUGUAUAACUAUUAGAUACAUAAUGCUGAUAUGAAAAUUGAACCACUAAAACUGAUGAAUAUUCAUGUUUAAAGUUCAUUUACUCUUAAGGAUCACAAUUUUAAUGUGAGAUCACAAUCAAAUGUCAUUUAGCCAUAACAAUACCCAUGAUGCCAUCUGUUUUUCCAUUUAUAUGGAAAAGGGUCAAUUGUAUAUCAAUU